AUGACUUGGAAACUUGCCGACGUUGGAGACUGGUCUUUUCAUGGAGUUAAUCACAGCAUACAAGGCAAUGGUGGACCUGAUUGCGUUAACUUUUUAUCGAUUGAAAGGCGUAUAAUGGAGACCUUUCUUGCUCUAACUAUUGCUUGUCUUUCUCUUAUUUGGUCUUAUAAAAGAUGCACUGUUCCUCCAGUUCCAAAAGUAAUGAGGGAAGAUAGAGGUGGAAAACGAUUGCUCUUAGUCUUGAUGUGUUUAGUGUUUGGAAUUGAAAUAGGCUUCAAAUUUUCUUCUAGAACUGUGAUAUAUAUUUUGAAUCCAUGUCAUGUUGUCACUGCUAUUCAAAUAUUCCUUCUUGCUGCUCCUCCUACUUCUAAAGUUGUGACUGCUCUAUUUCGAAUUCAUAUGCACUGCUUGUAUGGUGCUUUUUUAGCAAUUUUUUUUCCUGUUCUGAACACAAGAAAGAGAACUUUGGAAUUAGAGGUGUAUUGGAUUCAGCACUUUUUGAUUUUAAUUACCCCAUUCUACUUACUUAGGACUGGUGUUGGAGGUGUUUACACAGUAGAACCAAUAAGUGACAUGAGUUGGGCUAUGCUGACAGAAGGUCUUCUUUUCUUGUAUCAUUUUUUGGUUCUUCAGAUUUUAGGGAUGAUAACUCAAGUGAACCUUAAUAAUAUAAUUUGUCCUGCUGUAUCUGAUCCAUUUUAUGGGCCAAAUUAUAGAAUUUGGGCUAUUUUUCAUCAAACAGCUUCCAUUCUCAUUGUUGGUAAAGUUUAUACAAAACUUAGCCUGCUUAUUUUACAAGCACUUGGGACUAUUGUGUGGACUGGUGAGAAAUAUGUUGCAAUGGCUGCUUUAAGGGUCCAGCAGCUUUGUAGCAUUUGUAAGACACAGAUGACUAGGAAAUCAUUAAAAACUGAUGAUUCACCUCAUAAGGAUUAAAUAAAUCAAAAUGAGUUUUUGUUACCAUUUUACAUUUUAGGUAGCUCACUGCCAAAGAUAUAUUCCUGUCAGAAACAUACUUAUUGAUUGCUAUAUAUGUUUAUCUAUCGUACAUGAUAUUAAUGUUAUGAUUUGACAAAAUCUAAGUAUUAAUAAACAUACAUUUAUUCUAACAAAAUUUGAAAAUAUAAUGGAGUAUAUGUAUUACUCGAUUGUGUUUUUCUUGCUAAGACUUGAUUAAAAUGCAAGGUAAAAGAAAUUUGUUUUGACAUUCCUAGUUCAUUCCUUGUUUAACUCAUUGUGUUACGUAAACCUUUAUUUUACUACCCACAUCCACAUUCUAGUCCAUCACAAAUUCAUGAAAUGAUUGUUUACUGCUAUGUUUGCAUGUAUUGAUCAAUGUGGUUGUGUUGAUAUAUUUAUAUUUACCUAUAAAAGGUUUCAGCGUGUACAAGCAUAACCAGGUGAUAUUUAUUCUCGAAUUAUGUUGUGUUUUCAUAUUUUAAUUUUUUUUUCUCUGGUCAUGAGAUUCAUAAUACCCGAAAUGUUUUUAUCUAUUCAAUAAUUUUAUUUAUUCAUCUUAUUUUUAGUUUCAUUCACAUUAAAAUGCCUAACAUUUCAUAAUAAACAAAAUAUCUCACAUUCACAUUCAAAACCCAUGUUAUAACCUAACUGUGGACUUCCAGUUUUGUUUAUCUUUUUGGAAUUUCUUACUUUGAUUUAAAAAGUUGAUUUUGAUUAUGAGUUCAUUCCCUAAUUUUUUUCUGUUGAAAUGUCUCAUAUGUUGGUUAAUAUCUUGAAUAGAAAUUGGUCAAAUUUAUUUCCAGUUUUGUAACUAAUUUUCUUGGACUUUGUGACGCAGCACUGAAGUGUUGAAAAUGCUGAUACAAAUUAUCCCAUGUUUAUGUAUGAAAGAAAUUCUUUUACAUAGUAAGAAAAAGACAAACAGUGUUGCUCAUUUUCUGUACUGGACAUGUGAUGGCAAUCAAAAGUUUCAUGAUGCUAUUAAUUUCCCUUGUUUUUUGAUUUAAGUGAUUUCAAAGAUGUGUAAAGAGCUUUUGUAAUGUUGAAUAACACAUUGGUUUUAAAAGAUAUUUUUAAAAAUGUUUAGUGUUACAUGUAUGUUUGACAGAGCGCAUUUGUUGUUAAUGCUUAGGUUAUGCAAAGUAAUAGAUGCCUUUCCUCUACAUAUUAAUUUAACUUUUUCUGCUAUUUUUUAAAAAAUCUAAGUCAGACACUCACCCCCUCACCCUGCUGUGAAUGCAAUGUGCUAGUGAACGGAAAUUAUUUUUUCUUCAGCUUUAUAUUUGCAUCUGGUCAUGUAAAUACUUUCUCCGAAAUUCAUUUUACUCAGCAAUUAUUAUUUUAUAUUAUACUUUAAACUAUAUUUUAUCCUUUGGAAUGUUUUAAAACUUUUAAUGACUUGCAAGUAUUUACAGUUGCUUAAAGUGUUUAAUUUUCUAUUACACUUAAACUGCUCAAGUACUUUGCUUUCAAUUUUAAUUAAUUUUUAUAAAGUACUUUAAAAUCAUAUUGCUCUUACUUGAACACUGCUUGCAAAACACCUGGUUUUCUACUUGUUUUAUUUAAAGGUAAUAUUGUUACUGGUAAAUAAACCUUUAAAAUAUGUUCACAUGUAGUUAUGCACAUAGUAGUUUUAUGAAGUUAAUGUGGAAAUGUUCUGAAAGUGAGCAACUCAGUAUUUAAAUGAAUUUUUAAAUAUAUAUGAGAUUAAUAAGUACAAAAUGCUGUAAUUGAAAUUUGACUUGCCCAUCAGAUGGGGAGGGGGGAUUUAUGUGGUAACAAAAGAGAUUGCUGCCCUAGAAAGCUGAAUGAGUUGUGCUUCUCUUUUUCUGCUUUCAAAAAGAGCCCAUCUUUUUCUUUUGUUAAUAGUAUCACCAGCACAGAUUUUCAUUUUGUGGGGGGGGGGGGGAGAAGAAGUAGUUGUAACAGUUCUUACAUAUUGCUAUGAUCAACUCUCUAUGUAUGCACUAGUAUGUUUAUUAAAAAAACUUGUAAUUUCAUACAUAAUUGAGGCAUUCAGAGCUAAAGUGGAUCAAGUCAUAAUUGUAGUUGAUCCACUUUUGCUCUAAAUGCCUUAAUUAUGGACCUUGUAUGUUAUAAUUUAAUGUACUAGCAUUGGCCAUAUGGUUUAACAUCAGUUUUAAUUUGGGGGGGGGGGGGUAGGAGUUAACCCCCCACUCUUCCCCAUCCUAUAUCUCUACAGUUUUGAUGAAGAAAAAAUGUUUGUAAUUGUGUAACAGCUUUGACUCCUUUUUCGUAUUUAAUGAAGUUGCUGUACAGUAAAAUGGAGCAACAGCAGUACUUUUUUUGUUUAGAAUUUCAUCAUGGAAGACAUAAGGAACAAAAAGAGUUUCCUUUUUUUUAUGUGAAGGAAUUUCGCAUUUUGUAUUUCACCAAACUUAGUUCAUGCAUUUGCAGUAAGUAAAUUCGUAAGCAACUACUUCUGAUGAUUUCUUUUGCCAAAUCCCUUUUUUUUUUCAAAGUAAAUUGUAUUACUUUGAUUUCAAUGCAAUCAAGUUUGAAGUCUUGUACAAAUGUACAUUUUAGUUAGUGAAUGUUUCCCUAUGUAUGUGCUAUCAUAGUUUAAAAAAUUUGUAUGUUUAACAUCAUACAGAAAUGGGAAAUUGGUGAAGGAUAAUGAAAAUAAGUAGUUAAAAAUCUUGAAUAUCUUCAGGGUAAUUUAUUACUCCUCUUUACUUAUUUUGAAAUUCUCUCAUUUCACAGGUUGUAGAGCAAUCUUCAUUAUUUAAAAUUUUUUGUCACCUAUGCCCAAAGCUUAACAUUUUUUAGAGAAUUUCAAGGGGAAUUCUCAUUUUUUUUUUUUACUCUGGAAUUUUCCACGACUCUAGACACCUUGAUAUUGUAUCCCUCAUAAGUGUUGAUAAGUGUACUUAGUGGUUGAAGGUGAGUUGACUUUAAUUUUUCAUUAUUUCAUUAGGUCAACGCUAGUUAAUUUCUUAUUAUUUGGAAAGAAAUUUAUUGGUUGCUAAUAAAUAAUUUUUGACCUAUGGCUUAUAAAAACCUGAAUAUUUAAUGAAUUUUUUUGUGCAUUAAUUUUUCUUUGGCUGAAUUUUAAUUGAAUUUCUUGCUUGUAUUAUCAAAAGACUGUAAUCAUGCACAAAAACAUUCUUUCCAACAAUGCAUAUAUUUAACAUGUUUCAUCAAUUAAAUAUCAAGUUCUUUUGUGGCUUGAAAGUUUUAAUACUGAGCAAAUGUUCUAAUUAAAGAAAUUCUAUUUAAAAAGAUGUUCUUUGCACAUCUUAUAUCUAGUGAUCUAGCAGUAUCUUGGCACUAAAUAUUUGACAAGCUAUUACUAAUCCUUGACCCCAUAGAGAAAAAGUACAUAUGAGUGAGUUCAAGAAAUGUGUACUUGCAUCCAUAAAGAGCUUGAUGCACAGUGGUACCCGAGGCCAUCUUAAAGCUUAGGUAUAGGAUUGUACAAUUUACCCAAAGCUUCAUUGUAUAACACUUGUAGUUUGACUUGUUUGUUAAUAUUUACCAUUAGUUAAAUUUUUAUUUUUCAAAAUGUUUGAUACAAAUUCUGAGUUCAAAAGACAAUUCUGAUUUAAUAAGACUUAAGAACUAUUGAACUAUGCAGAAUUUAUUCCACUUUGUACCAUAUGAUCUCAACACUUGUUCUUUCCAUUUAAAUAUGUUUCCUAUGCCUAUUGUACUUGUAUAAUGAUGUGGUACUUAUUGAGACAUUAUUUGUAUCCCUACCUGUUCCUCAAUAAAUAUUUCUCGAAACAUGUCAGUAUAUUUGAAACUUUAACAAAAGAGAGAGAACUUUAUCUUAUUAAAUUAUUUGAAGAUGUGUAACAUUUCUAUCUUAGUACUUUGCAGAACUUAGAAAAUGAAACAUCAAUCAAUAGAAAUUUCUUUUUUUGGCGAUAAAUAUGAAAUUUUAAGCAGCUGCUCUAAGUUUUAAAUGUUAGAGCAGACAUUUAGAUUCAGAAUAACUAUGUAUGAUUUACAUAGGAAAAUUUCUGAAGUAGCUUCAACUUCCGAAAGUGAAUUUAUGGAGUUGCAAUUUCUUCUAAGAGUUUAAUAUAUAGUUCUAACUAUAUUCUACAUGUGUAAUUGCAGAUAUCUCUAUCAGUAAGUCAAAAACUAUGAUGUAAGCUUUCAUAGAAAUUUCUUGAACUGUAGCAUGUAAUAAUUUAAAGUGACUUUUGAAGUUUUAAAAAGUAACAAAUUUCAUAUGAUUUUUUAUGAUUUAUUUCUUUGAAUGUGUGAAAUUAAUAGCUCAUUCAAGUUUUUAAUAUCUUUUAGCAAUAUUAUAGCUUAUUAAAAUGUUUCUUAAAGCUGGAAAACUAAUAAUCUCAGUCACUAUAGCUCAAAGUUCAAAAGAUUAAGGUUCAUAAAAACUAAAUCUCUAACUGAAUGAAAUUUGCUACAUUCGCAAUUUUUUUUUUUUUUUUCAAAAUGCAAGAGAUAAUUUUGGUACAUAAAAUAAUCCAUGUUUUUAUGGAUGAUGAAAAAACUAAUAAUUACUAUCCUCAAAAAUUUGAAAACUAUUUUUGAAUUAUGUAAAUGAUAUUUUUAUGCUUUUAUAUGAUAGAUUCAUACUCUGGAAACACACUCAUUCAAAAAUAUCGAUAUGAAUUCAGACUUAAAUAUAUUUUUUAUACAUUGCUGUAGGAAUGAACUUUAUUUUUGUUACCAUUUAUUUUAUACCUGUUUCAUGCUUAUUUUAUUUUUAUUUAUUGAUGAACAUUUAUGUCCUCUGAAAGUCUAUUAUGUUUGCAUAUUCAUUUAGAUUGUAUCAAUUUCAAUUCUCGUAAUUUGUGCACUUUUAAAAAGUUUGGUUUAGUGCAUGUGUAAUGCACAUGUAUCAAAAAAACUUUUAAAAUAAAAUAGUUAAAUUCAA